AUGGCUGCGGUUUUGCCAGAGCACCAAGGAGCCUCCCUGCUGCCUAGGAGCUGCUGCAGACGCCAGGGAAUCGCCAGCAGCCAUGCCGAGCGGGCCAGGUGCAAGAUGACCCUCCCGGCCAUGCCGGCGGCCAGCCUCACCCAAGCUUGCUUCUGCCUCCUGCUCUGCGUCCCCUGGGGUAGCUCCUGCCCCCCCAGCUGCCAAUGCACGGAGCGGGCAGGGGCAAAGGCCGUCCUCUGCAGCUCCAGGCACUUGGAGGAGAUCCCCAGGGACAUCCCCAAAGAUGCCGUGUUCCUCAAGCUGGACGCCAACAGCAUCACCAGGAUCCCCAGCAAUGCCUUCAGGCACCUCUCCCACCUGGAGGAACUCGACCUCUCCAGGAACGCUAUUGAGAAGAUCGACCGGGCGGCUUUCAAAGGGGUGGCCGCCGGGCUGCGUACCCUCGACCUCUCCAGCAACCGCAUCCGCAGCAUCCCCAAGGAAGCCUUGCUGGCGCUCAAUGCCAAGCUCCGGCUGGCCAACAACCCCUGGCACUGCGAGUGUGCCUUGCAGGAGGUGUUGUGGGAGGCGCGGCUGGACCCCGACUCCGUCCAGGACAUCACCUGCCACACGGCACCCCGCGAGGAGUAUGUGGGCAAGCCGCUGCUCCAGGUCCUGGAUGCGGGUGUCAACUUCUGCAGCGUGCGUCAGAGGACCACGGACGUGGCCAUGUUCAUCACCAUGUUCGGCUGGUUUGCCAUGGUCAUCGUCUACGUGAUCUGCUAUGUCCGGCACAACCGAGAGGACACCUGCAAGCACGUGGACUACCUGAAGUCACUGCCAAGCAGCCAGGGCCGUGCAGAGACCACCAGCACUGCCCUCUAG